AUGUUUAAGAAAUACGUAGAGACAAGAAUCGAAAUAUUCGAUCGAAUAAAAGCACAGAAAAAGACAGAAAAACAGGAAGAAAUCUCCAUAAGAACAGCGCACGGAGAGUGCAAGGGAAUGAGCCACAAAACAACACCGUAUGAGCUCUCUAAGACAAUGAACCCAGACCACAAAGAGUUCAUUGUAGCCCGCGUGAACAACGAGCUGUGGGAUGCGCAGAGGCCGCUAGAGAAGGACAGUCUCGUAGAGUUCCUUACCUUCGAGCACGAAGAAGGACGCAAGGUCUUUUGGCACUCUUCUGCGCACAUUCUUGGAGAGGCAUGCGAGAGCGCUUUCUGCAGCUAUCUCUGCCUUGGGCCGCCAACUGACUCUGGAUUCUUCUACGAAAUGAGCAUGGACAGAAGCGUGGUCCCAGAGGACUACAAAGUCUUGAGAAAAGAGAUGAAAAAAAUUGUGAAAGAUAACCAAAACUUUGAAAGACUUGAAAUGACCAAGAGCGAGCUAUUGGAGAUGUUUGCAGAUAAUCCCCUAAAAGUGGAGCUGAUCAAAGACAAAGUGGAAACAAAGAGCACAGUAUACAGAUGCGGCCCUCUCAUUGAUUUCUGUCUCGGUCCGCACAUUCCAUCUACAGGAUACGUCAAAGCCAUCGAUGUUCUGCACAACAGCAGCUCGUUCUUCCUGGGAGAUUCUAGCCGCCCUGUUCUGCAGCGCGUCUAUGGUGUUUCAUUCCCAUCGAAAGAGCAGCUGGCUCUCCAUCUCACACAGCUGGAAGAAGCAAAGAAAAAUAACCACAGAAAAAUAGGAAAUGAUCUGAGUCUGUUCUUUUUCUCGCAGAUGAGCCCGGGAUCGUGUUUCUUCCUUCCCAAGGGAGCACACAUCUACAACGCCCUUGUUUCUCUUAUGAAGGAGCAGUACAAGAAAAGAAACUUCAAAGAGGUCAUUACUCCCAACGUAUUUACCAAUGAGCUGUGGAAAACUAGUGGACAUUUGGACAAAUACAAAGAAGACAUGUUUUGUUUUAAGGCAGAUAAUACCGAUAUGGCGCUUAAGCCCAUGAACUGUCCCGGGCACUGUCUGCUGUUUGAGCAUCUCAGCUGCUCGUACAGAGACCUCCCUCUGAGAAUCGCAGACUUUGGGGUUUUGCACAGGAAUGAAGUGUCUGGUGCGCUGACGGGUCUUACGCGAGUGAGAAGAUUCCAGCAAGAUGACGCGCAUAUAUUUGUGUCUUCUGACAAGGUUGCAGGAGAGAUACAGAUGUGCUUGGAGUUCUUGGAGGAAAUAUACGAUCUUCUUGGAUUUAAGUAUACGGUGUGUCUCAGCACAAGGCCUGAAAAGUACAUUGGCGAGGUGGAAGUAUGGGACAAGGCAGAAGAGCAGCUGAAAGACGCCCUGGAGAAGAGCAGAAUAGAAUGGAGCAUAAAUGAGGGAGAUGGCGCUUUUUAUGGGCCUAAGAUAGACAUAUCUGUGAGCGAUGCCCUGGGAAGAAAGCACCAGUGCGGAACUGUGCAGCUGGACUUCCAGCUUCCUCUGCGAUUUGACCUUAAGUUUGCAAAUGCUGAAGGAACCAUGGAGAGGCCUGUGAUGAUACACAGAGCCAUUCUGGGAAGUGUGGAAAGAAUGACAGGAAUACUCCUGGAGCACUACAAAGGAAGACUCCCUCCCUGGCUCAACCCAAACCAAAUAGCAGUCAUCCCCAUCACCAAUAAAGAGGCGGAAUAUGCAGAAAAAGUAGCAAAGGAGCUCUUUGAGAUGGAGGUUCUUCUGGACACCUCUGAGUGCACGCUCAACAAGAAGAUUCUCAACGCAGAGAAGCUCAGAUACUCUUACAUUCUGAUAGUUGGCGCCAAAGAGGCAGAGGCCCAGGAAGUUUCGAUAAGAAACCUGAAAGACCAAAAGACCGUUACACUUUCGCUUUCAAAUGCCAAAGAGAUACUGGUGCAGGCCAUAAAAAACAGAGUUGCAGUGCCAUCGGACGCCCUGAACUUCCUUCCCCAAGAAAAACCCUCUGCAAUGCCCGUGCCGCUAUCGCAGGCGCUAAUAUGCAUAGAAAAGAUCAUAAAGAAUCUAAAAUCAAAAAUCCUCGACACUCUAAACAUUACUGCAGUACGAAACUAA